AAAAAAUAGAGAAUACUUACUAAUAAAUGCUAUAUGACAGUGAAAAAGUAACUUGUAGUAAUCUUGAGUUAAAGGUAUCUGUACUGCAGUGCUACAUCAUGUUUGAGCUGUAUGACCUUGAGCCAGUUUUUCUGAGUUUUAGUUUCCUUAUCCAUAAAAUAGGAUAAUAAAAAACAUUACUUACUUCAUAGUGUUAUUAUGAGGAUUAUAUGAAAGUAAGCAUAUGACGAUCUCUGCUAUGUUGGUACAUAGCACAUAGGAGGCAAUAGAUAAUAAUUGAAGGCAUACUGUUUCCCUUGCAGUAGGAGGAAAAUAGGAUUUCAGAGAGAUAGGAUGGACUUUAGAUAGAGUGUGUUUGCUGCUGAAUAUUUGCCAGAUUGCAUUCCAAAGCUAAAUAUAGUGGAAAUUUGGUAGACUCUGUGUAUUUUCACAUUGAUUCCUCUUCUUCUGUAUGCCUGGGGAAAAAGAGUUAAUAAUGUGUACAGUGCUUUUCUCAGCUAGCUGCAUUGCCCUCCACCUUGUCCUUCUUGAUGGCUGACCAUCUGCAUAUCAUGAGACUGCACAGGUGCUGCUGUAGGAUUUGUAUUUAAAAAAACUGAAUUUAUUCAUGUGCCUCACCUUGUUAGACUUAUUCAUUCUAAUUUUGGUAUAAGCUGACAAUGACAUAAAGCUGCAGAGCAUGAGCUCUCUCUGGGUCUACCUUAUGUGUGUAUGUGUAUCAAGAAGGGUUCGAGUAUUCAUAUUGUAUAUUGGGUGAAUGAGGGGGUAGUCUAAGCCAGAAAUUCAAUGUCUUGAAAAGGCACUACUAUUUUUUUUUUUAAAUCAUCUAAGAUUGAGUCUAGCCAUCUUAACUCUUCACACUCCCCCACCAUAAUCCACUUAGUUUUCAAGUCUUACUGAUUAUACUUUGGAAUAUUGCUCAAAUGCAUCUUUCCAUUUCUACCACCUGCUCCCUAGGUUAGACUUCCCAUUACCUCUAUUGGGCUAUUUUGCUGUAGCUUCCAAACUAGUUUCUCUGAUUUGUCUCUCCACUCCAUUCCAACUUUGAUGAUAGCAGUUCCCUGCAUAAAACAUUCGUUAUCUCACCAUGCCCAUUGAAAUGAUGUUCACAAAUCUGUCUGGCUCUCAAGACCUUUUAUAACCAUUCCUCAAUUUACUUUUCCAACCCUAUCACUCACUAUAUAUACUCCUAUAAUUUUAGCCUAAGGUUAAAAAAAAAGAACUAAAAUUCAUAUAAGGCAUUUUUAGUGCAGAGCAAAAUUUUCACAUUUUAUACACUACAUAUAUUAUCUUAUUUAAUCCUCCAUUAAUCUCUAAAGGCAAUAUUCCUGUUUUACAUGUGAACAAAAUAAAAUGCAGAGUGACUAAAUGUUCUUCCUCUGUUCUUUUUCCCGUACACAAAAACAAAAGGCCUAAUACCUUUUCCCUCUUGUCUGUCCUCUGCCCUAUCCACGCAUCCUUGCAGGCCCAUAUCACAUGUUAUCACGCCCCUGAAAAUUCUGUUUCCUUGCCAUUUAAAAUGAGCUCAUCCAUCAAGGUUUAAUUUAUAUUUCACUUAUGGUAUUACUUUAUGCCUUGAUUAUUAUAUACCUUUGUGUCUUGUCUCCUUUCCUAAAGUUUGUGUAUCUGAAGGACAGGCAGGAUGUGUAUUCUGAAGACCUCUGAGAAUAUGGGUACGUGAUACCUAGACUUAUGUGAGUGCAUAAGAAAGGUGAGUAGGUAGGAGGAUAGAUGAAUGGGAAAUGAGUACUUUCUGAUCUAAAGUUGUAUAGAUCACUUGAGCUAAUCAGCAUAAUUUUCUGUUUCUCUGGAUGAUUCCUAGGCCACCAAACAUGAUACAGUAAAUGCCAACUUAAUGCUAUGAUUUAAAAAAGUCUCCACACCUUGGCUUGCAUAUUUUUCUUUGCUUAAAAUCCCUCAUUGCCUCUUUUCUUUCAAGACAUACUGUUGGAGUGACACUGCUUCUGGGAAUCCUAUCCCAGCCCCUCUGGGUGGAAUCCAUCACUAUCCAUUGUAUUCAUGCAGAACAUCAUGUGUGAAAUUCCAUGUUAAUACUUACUCCUUGUACUGUUUUUAAUUUUUUAUGCUUUUCUCCUAGUGUAUGAGUUGUAAACUUCACAAAAUAUGAAAUAGUCACUAGCAUGUAUUACAAAUAAUAUUGCUUGCUAGUGCUAUACUAAAUGUAUCAUAUUUACCAUGGUAUUUAACCCUUACAAUAACCAUAUAUAGUAGGUACUAUUACUAUGUGUAUUUUACAGAUGAAUUACAGGGAAACAGAGCUUCAGGAAAUUUAAGUCACUUCUUUAAGGUCUUUUAACUAAGUGUCUGAGAUUCCAGAACCUGAACUUUAUUUUUCAUCCCAUGGGGGAGAAGAGGUAAUUUUUACAGAGUCUCACUAUUUUGAGCUCCUCCUGCCCCACCCUCCCAACUAGCUUGGUUUACAGCACCCAUGCCUGUCACAGUCAGGUUGGCCUGGAAACCAAACUCAGGCUUCCCAUGAAGAGGCAUUACCUGUGCACCACCAAGGCUGGGCUCAGAACCUGAAUUCUUAAAUAUUAUGCAGUGCUUUGUUAUGUUUCCGUGUAUGUUACCAAUACCAGACAUAUCAGACCUGAAUAAAAUAUUUGUUACAUAAGUGAAUGACUAAAUGAGUGAUCAUAGCUGUUUUCUAAAUGUUUCUUGAGUGAAUUAAUUUAAAUAAGCAGUGGAAAAUGAAUAAUGAUUUCUUUUUCUCUUUAGCAGGAACUUGACACUCUGUGGCAUGAGCACUAAGUUAUUCAGUCGUGGUUUAUACUAGCUGAACCAUUCAAAGCAAAAGCAAUGGCUGCAGCAGCAGCUUCUCACCUGAACCUGGAUGCCCUGCGGGAAGUGCUAGAAUGCCCCAUCUGCAUGGAAUCCUUCACAGAGGAGCAGCUGCGGCCUAAGCUUCUGCACUGUGGUCAUACCAUCUGUCGCCAGUGCCUGGAGAAGCUACUAGCCAGUAGCAUCAACGGUGUCCGUUGUCCCUUUUGCAGCAAGAUUACCCGCAUAACCAGCCUGACCCAGCUGACAGACAACCUGACAGUGCUGAAGAUCAUUGACACAGCUGGGCUCAGUGAGGCUGUGGGACUGCUUAUGUGCCGGUCCUGUGGACGGCGGCUGCCCCGACAGUUCUGCCGGAGCUGUGGGUUGGUGUUAUGUGAACCCUGCCGGGAGGCAGACCACCAACCUCCUGGCCACUGCACACUGCCUGUCAAAGAAGCUGCUGAGGAGCGGCGUCGGGACUUUGGAGAGAAGUUGACCCGUCUGCGAGAGCUUAUGGGGGAGCUACAGCGGCGAAAGGUAGCCUUGGAAGGUGUCUCUAAGGACCUUCAGGCAAGGUAUAAAGCAGUUCUCCAGGAGUAUGGGCAUGAGGAGCGCAGGAUCCAGGACGAGCUGGCUCGUUCUCGGAAGUUCUUCACAGGCUCUUUGGCUGAAGCUGAGAAAUCCAAUAGUCAAGUUGUGGAGGAGCAGAGUUACCUGCUUAACAUUGCAGAAGUGCAGGCUGUAUCUCGCUGUGACUACUUCCUGGCCAAGAUCAAGCAGGCAGAUGUCGCACUACUGGAGGAGACAGCUGAUGAGGAGGAGCCAGAGCUCACUGCCAGCUUGCCCCGGGAGCUUACCCUGCAAGAUGUGGAGCUCCUUAAAGUAGGUCAUGUUGGCCCCCUCCAAAUUGGGCAGGCUGUAAAGAAACCCCGGACAGUUAAUAUGGAAGAUUCCUGGGCCAUCGAGGCUGCAGCCUCUGCUGCUUCUACCUCUGUUACAUUUAGAGAGAUGGACAUGAGUCCUGAGGAAGUGGUUGCCAGCCCUAGGGCCUCCCCUGCUAAACAGCGGGGUCCGGAGGCAGCCUCUAAUAUCCAGCAGUGCCUCUUUCUCAAGAAGAUGGGGGCCAAAGGCAGCACUCCAGGCAUGUUCAAUCUUCCAGUCAGUCUAUAUGUGACCAGUCAAGGUGAGGUGCUGGUUGCUGACCGUGGCAACUACCGUAUACAAGUCUUUACCCGCAAAGGCUUUCUGAAAGAAAUCCGGCGCAGCCCAAGUGGCAUCGAUAGCUUUGUGCUAAGCUUCCUUGGUGCUGAUUUACCCAAUCUUACUCCUCUCUCAGUGGCCAUGAAUUGCCAUGGGCUGAUUGGUGUGACUGACAGCUAUGACAACUCCCUCAAGGUAUAUACCUUGGAUGGCCACUGUGUGGCUUGUCACAGGAGCCAGCUGAGCAAACCAUGGGGCAUCACAGCCCUGCCAUCUGGCCAGUUCGUGGUAACUGAUGUGGAAGGUGGAAAGCUUUGGUGUUUCACUGUUGACCGAGGAGCAGGGGUGGUCAAAUACAGCUGCCUCUGCAGUGCUGUGCGUCCCAAAUUUGUCACGUGUGAUGCUGAGGGCACUGUCUAUUUCACCCAGGGCUUGGGCCUCAAUCUGGAAAAUCGGCAAAAUGAGCACCAUUUGGAGGGUGGCUUCUCCAUUGGCUCUGUGGGCCCUGAUGGGCAGCUGGGUCGCCAGAUUAGUCACUUCUUCUCAGAGAAUGAGGAUUUCCGUUGCAUUGCUGGCAUGUGUGUGGAUGCUCGUGGUGAUCUCAUUGUGGCUGACAGCAGUCGCAAGGAAAUCCUCCAUUUUCCUAAGGGUGGAGGCUAUAGUGUUCUUAUUCGAGAGGGGCUCACCUGUCCAGUGGGCAUUGCCCUUACUCCAAAGGGGCAGCUGCUGGUCUUAGACUGUUGGGAUCACUGCAUCAAGAUCUACAGCUACCAUUUGAGAAGAUACUCCACCCCUUAAAAGAGAGAAAUAUCAAUUUCUUCUUCCCCAACCAGCUUCCCUUUCCUUAGUCCUUGGUUGUUGGUGGUACUAUAGAGUAGACGUGGCCCAUAUCCUGAUUCCAGCUGGGUAGUCCUAGAAUUUUAGAAGCUCUUGUCUCUUGGUGUUUUUUAUUUGUUAUUCCCCUCUCUCCACACUCCCAUUCCUGCCUAAAUUUAGAGCUUUAACAGAUGCAUUGCCCCAAAUAGGACACAUGACAGUGUUAGCUGAAGUUUGGUUAGAAAUUAGGUACUUGUAAGACUUCAGUAGAGAGAACCACUGUAGCCUUUUGCUCUUGUAUUUGAAAAUUGCCCUGUAUUGAAUCCUUGUUAAUUUUUUCCCUUUUGCCUUUGAUAUUUCUGGUCCAUUGUUUCCUUUCUUUCACAGUGUGCUCCAUCUGUGAUAAUUUUCUCUUCAGCUCUGGUUGCAUUCUGUGUGCAUGUUCCAUUGGGCUUUCCUCCACCUUUCAGUGACAUUUCAAAUCUCGUAUCUCUGAAACUUGAUGUUUCAGAUCUGAUCACCUUUAUCAGUGUGAAAUGUCACUCAUUUAGUGCCACCAGGGGAUGUACACAGUCCCUUCGGAAAGCAAUACCUCUCAGCUGGGGAAUUUGGGCCAUUUUGGAUUGGUUUCUCAUUGAAGAUGUGACAGAGUGGAUUUGACCCUAGUUGAUUGGUACUGAAGACUUCAGCCUGGAAAUUGCUUACCUUCUAAAGGAAUAUAUGGAUUGGAAUUAUGCCAAAGCACAGGAAGAUGGGAAUAGCAAACAUGAAUGUUAAUAUAGUCAGCAAACUUGGAUAGUUUCUAGGGCUCAUCCAUUGUCAUCCUGCCUCUUUCCACUGACCUGUGCUAAACAUUGUCUGAAGAAUUGUACAUCACAGGCCAGGGCCAACAAAGCCGGGAGGUCGACACAUUUCAUUUUUCAUUACUGAAAUGAACUACACUCUGUUGGGUUGUUACUCUGUAUUUUCCUCAAGUGAGUGUAUACAAGUAUAGAAAGUUAUUUCCAUUCCUCUAUCAAGCAUUAAAAAAUUGAUAACUGUUUCUUCA